GUCCUUGUGACAGCUCAGCAGCUGCACCACAUGUCUGCCUGGGAAGGAGAAGGGGGAAGCCUCGUCUCCUAUCUCCUCUCCUGUCUCCUCCUCUCCCAACAACCAUACACUGGCUGACUGAUGCUGUUGCUAUGGCGUUGGGGUGUUCUGGUAAUUGGUGUGUACACACACACACACACACACAGACACACAAACACACUCACUCUCUGGCAGUAAGAGAAACCGCGGCCUGGUGUCAUCUAAAUUGGGGAAGGAUGCAAUUAUCUCCCAUCCCUCCUUUCUCUCUCUCUCCCUCCCCUCUCUGGUCGUCUCCCUGCUGUUUAAAAUAGUCUUCCGCGGACACCCUGACAGCAUCUAAUAAUAUUAUGGGAUGCGUAUAAUGAACAGGCUUUUGAGUGCCCCACAAUGGCUGCUGCACUCGGGGGUUGUCAGGAGACAACAGGAGUCUGGAGAGUGGGAGAGGAGCGGAUGAUUAUAGAGAUAAUGGCGAUGGAAAUACUGGCACUGCAAUUCUGGUUCCUCAAAACAUCCCCCGGGCCCUUCCUCAGGCCUCAUUGUCUCACUGCGGAGGGGGGGGCUCCAUGACAUUCCUUCACAAAAAAAGGAAAAAACCCUUUCAGAGGUAAUUACAGGGGCUGGAAACUGAAGAGGAUUUCUCCGCAGCACUCGUACAGCUGGAAAAAUGAAAGAGUUACAUCUGGAAUCCAUGUGUGGAUAUCAAGUAUCAAUCGGUCCCUGCACUACACUGAUGGAAAGCUGCAAUCAGGGUUUCCCCCCUUCUCCCCACUUUCUAUCAAAUCAUGUGUUCUGAAUAGUGUUGCUAUGGCUGGCAGAUUACAGCAGGGGAAAAAAGAGAUGGAUGAGGGAGGGAAUGAAAAAGGGGAGGAACAUGGAGGAACAUGGAGAGAGAGAGAGAGAGAGAGAGAGAGGAGCAGGGUAGGAGGGGGCGUGAGAGCUACAUCAGUGCGAGCAGCGAAGCAAGACAAAUCCAGCGGAGGAACCCCCCCUCCAGUCAGAUGAGCAUCGCUGCCUCACUCCCUCCUCCUCCUCCCGUCUCCAUCACUGUUUUUUUCACCCUCCUCCCUUCCUCGCUCCUUCUCCAUUAUUCAUCAGUGUGCUGAGAGUCCCCAGCUCACGGCUUCAGCUGCUGCUGCUCCAGCCGAUCCACCGAGCCCUGCUGGAUUUCCUCCUCCUCGUUCUCCUCCUCGCCAAGCCUGGCCACUGCGCCCGUAUCUCCCCUGCAUCCAUCCGUCCCUCCGUCCCUCCGUCCCUCCGUCCCCAGGCAUGGAGCCUCAGAGCUGGCCCCUUUCUGCUGCUGAGAGGCAGAGUGAGACGUCACCGAGCUGCUCUCUGAGCUCCUAAGAAGACAAACGCAAGAGGAGAGAAGAGGGGAUUUUUUUGGGGCCAUCGGAAAAGAAACCUGUUCAUCUGCCUCUGUUCUUUUUCCUUUUUCCAUUGGAUUACAGUUCUGGCUUUGUGUAGGAACGAGAAAACCGGGUCCAAAAUGCCUGAAGCCAAUUACCUGCUGUCGGUGUCUUGGGGUUACAUUAAGUUCAAGAGAAUGUUGAAUCGGGAGUUGACGCACCUAUCUGAGAUGAGUCGGUCUGGGAACCAGGUGUCCGAAUUCAUCUCCAACACCUUCCUAGAGAAACAGAAUGACAUGGAGAUCCCGUCGCCGACGUCCAAGACACGAGAGAAGAAGAAGCAGCAGCAGAAGCAGCAGCUGAUGACCCAGAUCAGCGGGGUCAAGAAGGUCUCCCACGGGCCCUCGCUCUCCACCAGCAGCAUCUCUCGCUUCGGCGUCAAGACGGACAAAGAGGAGCUGCUGGCCAAGGAGCUGGAGGAUCUGAACAAGUGGGGCCUGAACAUCUUCACCGUGUCCGAGUUCUCCAACAGCCGACCUCUGACCUGCAUCAUGUACGCCAUCUUCCAGGAGCGAGACAUGUUAAAAACCUUCAAGAUCCCGGUGGACACGUUCGUGGCCUACAUGAUGACGCUGGAGGACCACUACCAUUCAGACGUGGCGUACCACAACAGCCUACACGCUGCUGACGUGGCCCAAUCCACCCACAUCCUCCUGUCGACUCCAGCCCUGGACGCGGUCUUCACAGAUCUGGAGAUCCUAGCAGCCAUCUUCGGGGCAGCUAUCCACGAUGUUGACCAUCCUGGAGUUUCAAACCAAUUCCUUAUCAACACCAACUCCGAGCUGGCGUUGAUGUACAACGACGAGUCUGUGCUGGAGAACCAUCACCUGGCCGUGGGAUUCAAGCUGCUGCAGGAGGACAACUGUGACAUCUUCCAGAACAUCCCCAAGAAGCAGAGACAGUCUCUACGCAAGAUGGUCAUCGACAUGGUCUUGGCCACUGACAUGUCCAAACACAUGAGUCUGCUGGCUGAUCUGAAGACGAUGGUGGAGACCAAGAAGGUGACGAGCUCUGGAGUGCUGCUGCUGGACAACUAUACCGACAGGAUACAGGUGCUACGUAACAUGGUGCACUGUGCUGACCUGAGUAACCCCACCAAGUCCCUGGAGCUGUAUCGCCAGUGGACCGAUCGGAUAAUGGAUGAGUUCUUCCACCAGGGAGACAGAGAGAGGGAGAGGGGGAUGGAGAUCAGCCCCAUGUGUGAUAAACACACAGCCUCGGUGGAAAAGAGCCAGGUGGGUUUCAUUGACUACAUCGUGCACCCUCUGUGGGAGACCUGGGCGGAUCUGGUCCACCCGGACGCCCAGGACAUUCUGGACACUCUGGAAGACAACAGGAACUGGUACCAGAGCAUGAUCCCCCAGAGUCCCUCCCCUCCCUUCUACGACCAGGGCUCGCACGGACACAGCGGCGGCACCGGAGGCCAGGGGGGCGGGGAGAAGUUCCAGUUUGAGCUGACCUUGGAGGAGGAGGACUUGGAUGGAAUAGAGAAAAACGGCGAAGGGGAGGAGGAGGAGGAGGAAGGCGAAGAAGAAGAAGAAGAAGACUUAGAAGAGGAGGAGGACAGUGUGGGAUCUCCUCCCCUGGACUACUUGGACAGUCAGGAGCACGAGGGGGGCCGGAUGAUCGAGCCCACGUCAGCAAUAGAAAUCGUGACACAUGAGGCGUCGCCCACAGAUACAUAGGGUUUCCAGCAUCAUCCUGACGCGGUGAUUUGAAAGUUUUUUGGAGGAAAAGAGGGGAAAUCCUCUUGCAGCUGUGCUUUUUAACAAGCCCACAGAGGCAAGGGCUUGGUUCUGGCCCGCACACGGGCGUCUUGCACUUGGGUGUUUGAAGCCAGACGAGGACGGACAGUUUCAGUGAAGCGGCUUCAGAGUUCUCAGGAAAUAACUGCUGCGAACAUUUAGUCCUGGUGGACAGACGAGACUCGGGGGUUGGAGCUUGAAGGAUUUCGGCCAGUUUGGGAAAUGGUUACUUUCAUUUUCUGGACUGGCGUUAUGAAAAUGGACAAUGACACUACUGAGAGAAGUUUUGUACCUUAAGACUUUUUUACAGAUAUGAUCUAGAAGUAGCAUAGAGUCAAGAUCGACAGAUGGAGACACGUUUGUAUAGCAAGAGAAAGUGUUUACUUUUUUCCUGUACCAUUUGUCAAAGGACUUUUGUGUGCCUUUUUUACUAUUGUCUUUAUAAUAGUUUUUUAUUUAUUGAACACUCUAGUAUGUCUGUGAAAUAUUUUUUUUUUUUUUAUUAUCUGAAAGAGCAAAAUCUUUUUUGUAUGUUUAAGAAAAAGAGAACAGUCUUCCAUGUAUUGGGCAAUAGAGAAAUCCAAACAAACAUCGACAAACAACUCUCGGACAAACUCAUCUAAAUAGGGAAACAUGAACAUCCACAUAUUCAACGCACAUUUUUUAUCAAUUUCUGUUUUGCGGACUGAGCACAACGUGUUCUUUGCGUUCGUUACACACACUCGUGGUUCAUGUUACAGUCGGUGAAUGUCACAGUCACACUGAAAUACAUUAGGGUCUAUUUUCACGCCUCACACAUCUUUCCUUCUUUCUUUGUACCUGUCUGCAAACCAUUUGUACCUCCUACAGUUUUCUAUUCAGAUGCACCACACUGGCUCAAUCAGGAUAUGAAAACAUUGACUUAAUAUCAUACAAUAAGAUAUUCCUGCAGAAUUCUCAUUGAUGGGAUAUUUUAUUUAUAUGACUUUAGCUUUUUGUUGUGUUGGUGUGGACGUAAGCACGACUAGAAACAAAUCGCUCUCACAACAACAACCUGCUUAGAUGCAGGGUAAAAAUCCAAAAUGAAGUCUGCCAAGGACACAAUGCACAACAGCGGUGGAUCUAUUUUUAGCCCACAGGUAUGCUGCAGUCUUAAUAAUCCUGUUAGUGGGAAUGGGUCCUGACCCCCAGACCCCCCCCCCCCACCCCACCCUGCAAUCCAGCCCAGAUCAGAUGAAGGAAGGUGCUCUUACAGUCGCCUCUCUGAAAGCCACUCUCACGCCCUAAUCAACACCGUGAUAUGCAGCCCCCCCCCCGGGCUCCAUUGACACGACCCCCCCAAAAAACAAUCAGUCGGGCUAUUUCUUCCUCGUGGUACAAAUCCCUCGAGUGCCGCUUCUGCUCAUUGACGUCACUUUAAUUAUUUCCGUCUCCACGGUGUCGGGUUCCCGGGGACGGUGGAGUUAUUAGGAUUUUGAAACAGGUUGUUCCACUGGAAUCAGCGUGGCCGACAGAAUAAUUAGAUGCUCUAUUUUUUAAAACAAACCAAAUAAACGUCUCUGUUCGAUUCCCUCACUGAUGCAUUAAGGGAAAAAUGGGUUGAAUAAUGGUUUGCAGACGUUUCUCCUCCCGUGGCUUCCGUGACUGAAUCUUUCUGGAUGUUCCAGUUGCAUUUUGUAAUGGCUUAUCUCUCCAUGUUCAUGUUGGUUUACUGACUCACAAGGUACUUCAUCUAGUUUCACUCCAGCAUGCUUCAGUGGCAAUCGUUUGUGUGCAGUUUGUACGUGCGGAUGGUUUUUGUAUGUGUGUGUGUGCGUGUGUUUGGAUGUGCUGACUUUGUCACCAGGCCUUACCCCCCCCCCAUCACUCCACACCUUCGUCGCUACUGUUUGUCGCUAGGAGCUCAAGUUGGUCCUUUUUGCUGUUUAUAACAGUGUGUAUUUAUUCUAUACUUUAAGCUUGUAAAUAAGAAAUACUGGUUCAGUGUAAAAUCUAUUUUAAUUUAUAUGCACUUGCAUUACCUGGAAGUGGUGGUGUCUAAUGUGUAGAAGACUCUGGAUUAGAGUCUUUUUAUAGAUGUAUUAUAUAUUGAUAUAUAUUGUUUUCACACACACACACACACACACACACACACACAUAUAUAUAUAUAUAUGGAGCUAUCUAUAUAUAGAUAUUAUUGCCCAGCAGAGCAGCAGCUAAACAGACAUGUUGUUGUUGUCACAUGAGAACCUUGUAACUCUAACUAUAAUUUAUUUUUUAAAUCAAAAUUAAAAGUCUUUUAAUGUACCGUCACACACAAAGCGAAUGACUUCAUAACAUUAUGCAUGAAUAUUAAACCAAAAAGAUUCUUACUUAAGCAUCGUUUUUAAUUCUUUUUUGUAUUAUUUAACUGUUCAAUUUCUGGAAAAUAAGUUUCAUUCAUUAAAAUCUCUUUAAUUUUUUAUGAUUGCAAAAACUAUUUUAGCUCAACAGAGUUUUUCACAGUGCAAGGUUUUCAUGUGACGGCAGCAUCUGGGUAACCCGGAGGCAACAUAGAGGACAUGUUAAACAGCAUAGGCUUGGAUAUAGGACACAUAAAAGCUAGGGAACCAGUGCUCGGUAUCAAAGUGUGGAAGUGGCUGAUUAUCUCUCAGCCGUCACUUCCUCAUCCAGCGUGUGAGCUCAGAUCGCUGAUACGAGGCCUGACACCGACUCGACUGACAAACACCAAGCGCUCGUCUCCUUCUCACACUCGACACACUUUCAUGUACAAGUAGAUAAGACGGGGACGGUAUUGGUAGCAUGCUACAAUACGCCCAGCACAGACGUGACUCGUUCUGAAUUAACAACAAAACACGAUCUUAUGUAACUGAUUGUGCUAAUGUGUGAACUCUCUCUGACCAAACUUGUUAGCAGUUUUGAAAUUCAAAAUUUGUCAGUAUUAACAUUGUUUAUCUAUGUUCAAGCUUUUUCCUUUUUUCCUGGUCCUAGUUGUGUCCAAUUGGUUAGCCAGAUUUAGCACUAUCUGCAUGAGAGGUGGGGUUUUUCUAAUUGUCAAUAAUAUGUUCAAGUCCGCCAGUUAUUGCCGGUGGGUUAUUCAAUGUUUCACACAAUGUAUGGUAUUAUAUUGUAUAUUGUGUUCAAGAAUAAAUCUGAAAUACUUUUUCUAUGAAGUGAUUAAAAGCAAAGCAUGAAUAUAUUC